GAUAAGUUUACGUAACUAAUCGCAAGUCGAACCUCGACUUUUACGAGUUGUUUCUACUAUGUACCUAACCUCACCUUCUCUUGUAAAUUGUGAUUAUCUUCAAAAUUACGUUUAAGGCUUACUCGCAAUUUCUGUCUAACCAUUUCUCUUCGCAAUUUAUUUAUUUAUUUUCUCAUAUAAUCGGAAUUUGACCUGUGAUGUGCCCGAGAUCAUGACGCCUAACGAAGUCCAAAAUCUGUUUGAGAACAUUCCCGAAGAUGAGGAAUCUAGGGUCCAAGCGCUGAAGCAGCUUCUCAGUACUGCGGAGAAAUUACAAGAAACUAAAUCUUCGGAGCUUCAGACCUUAGCAGAGCAGGUCGGUAAUGGUAGUCGAGAAGAGAAAUGGAGAAUCCCGCUUGGCAGAUCUGGUCUGCUGGACUUUUUUUUGAGUUUAAUCAAGGAGGAUGAGUUAGACCCAGAUCUGGUAGCGCAAGCUCUCCGAGUAACAGGAAACUCUUGCGCAGAUCAAAACGAGAACCGACAACGAGUCGUCGACUCGGGUUGCCUCACUCAGCUGGUUAAACUUCUGACACAUGAUUCCCUACUCCGAUUCGCUAUUCCGGUUCUAUACAAUAUAUGUGUUGAUUACGAACCCGCUCAGGCAGCGGCUUCUAAAGCCCACCUGGGCAUUUACCUAAUCGACCUCAUUCAUACGCGGCCACUGCAAGAGAAGGCAUCGCCACACCUGAACAUCAUCUAUAAAUUACUGGAAAUGGCGGUAGCUCAAGAAUUCGAGCCCGACUUAAUAAACCCCCAGGCACCAUACAUCCUCCUGUCUCAGGCAAGCUUAGAUACUUCCGAGCCAGGGUUUCCAGAUUUCGACGGUUUCCUGGGGCUGUCCUCAGCCGCAUUAGCAUAUCUUUCUCAUGAGAAGCUUCAAGGCAGCUUCCUCGAUACCCCUGGUGCUGUUGAAGUGUUCAUAACAGCUUUCCAAAGAGCUGUCGAGGGUGCUUCUGUCUUUGGCCUCGACGAUACUGAUGAACAAGUGCAACUUGCGCAGGUGCAAUCCAUGUACACCAAAACCUGGGCAGACCUAUCUGCUCAUCCUCAGUUUGCCUCUUUAUGCCCCCUGGACGGUCCCGUAGCUGGUCUGUUACUCGGAUGGAUUUCUUCAUCUCAUAGCGCAGAGCUUCAAACCGCGGCUUGUUUGGCCUUCGGUAACAUCGCCCGUACUGACGCUCAAAGUAUCGCCUUCGUGCAGGAGUUAUCGGUGCACAAGUCUCUGAUCCCCAUCAUAUCCUCGGACUCGGAAACAGAUGUCCAAUUACUGCAUUGCGUUCUCAGCUUCUUGAAGAAUUUAUCUAUCCCUGCGAGCAAUAAGGCCAUCCUAGGCAGUGCGGGCCUAUUGGACUCCAGUGCUCUACCUCGAAUAUGGACUCUCGACACGCAGCCGCAAGUCCAAUUCGAUGCCGUGUCCCUCGCGCGCAUUCUUCUCGUCAAAUGUCCCGAAAAUGUGCGGAGUGUUUGCGUGACCUCAGGCACGCAAGACAAGACGCUUAUACAACAGUUAAUAGACCUUCACCGCAAAGCCGACCAGGAACCUACCAAGAUGGAAACGGCCCGCGCCGUAGCCUGCGCCUGCCGCGUCCUGCACUCCGACAAGCCGGCCGGAUCAGCACUCCUCUCCGAAUCAUCCCUUUCGUCCGCUUCCGAAGAAGAAGCUCGCGCACUCCUACGGGAUUUCUACGACAAACAUCCCACCUUGAUAGACACGCUAUUAUAUCUCGGUCUACAAAGCAAAUUCCCCGUUCUACGCUCGGACCUAUGGUUCGUACUCGCACUCAUGUCGCGCUCCGCCGAGGGGCUCGCUAUCGUAAAACAGGCUAUACUGCAGCAUCCUGAACUAAAAGAUCUUCUCGCCGCGGCUGUUGCAGGCGAGCGUGAGGCAAGCGACAAACCACCCGCAGAAACCGGUCUAGAUCUCUCGGCGAUAGGCCAGCUAGAACCGCAGCAAGUAGAUCCAAAGAAAGCCGCGACUAAGAUGGACCGGGAAAAUGCGCUAGUAUUGAUCGCCGAGCUAGCGAAGAGUGGUCCGGAUGAGCUUCCCUCUGAGGCAAGGGAUGAAUUCGUCGAGAUGCUGAAAACGGGCGGAGAGCUGGUGCUUGGCGAUAGGAAGGAGACCGAAUCCGCAGCUGAUCAGUGAAAUUGCGUCAAAUAUGGCUGGUUAACGCUAGACGGCAAAGCGUUCAGAACAUAAAAAAAUCCGAUAUAUACAAAUAGCCGUUUACGUGGAAUUUUCCUAUUUAAGCAUCAGCAUUUAUUUUUGUAUUAUUUUUUGUGCCUAGCGUCCUAGUUCAUAGCUUCAUGUCACGCGAUGCUUCAAAAG